AUAUUGAAGAGUAGGAAAAAAAGACAGUGGAAGACAGCCCGGAAGUUACUGUAAAUUAAACAGGGGAAAUAGAGGAGUUUACAGUGAGCUGCACAACCAUCUCAGUUGGAGGUUGAAACCCUGCAGCUCUGUCUCCUGCACAGACCACAGAAAACACAUAAAAAUGUUCCUGUGUCUCCUCGGGCUGGUGGCUGUUUGGUUCAUCUAUCGCUGGUACAAAGAACUGGAGAGAGUUUCCAACAAGGGAGACAAGUAUGUGUACAUCACAGGCUGUGACUCUGGGUUUGGUCACCUCCUGGCGAGACACCUGGACACACUGGGCUUCCGUGUGAUCGCAGGCUGUUUCACUGAGAAAGGUGAGGACGAGCUGAAGAAGAUCACCUCUGAAAGGCUGACAACCAUUCAGCUGGAUGUCACGGAUUCUGAGAGCGUCAAGAAAGCAGCAGCUCGCAUCAAGACUCUGGUCGAACAGAAAGGCCUGUGGGCGGUUGUGAACAACGCUGGAGUCUCCGUUCCAUCUGGUCCCGCCGACUGGAUCACCAUAGAGGAUUACAAGCCUAUGCUGGCCGUCAAUCUGCUUGGCGUGAUCGACGUAACACUGAGCGUCCUCCCCCUCAUUAAGAAGGCCAGAGGCAGAGUGGUCAACGUUGCCAGUGUGUUCGGGCGAAUCAGUCCAUUCGGUGGACCUUACUGUGUGUCUAAGUAUGGAGUGGAGGCCUUCAAUGACAGUCUGCGGUUAAACAUGGCACCAUUUGGAGUCAAGGUAGCCUGCAUUGAGCCUGGGUUCUUCAAAACAAACGUGACUGAUCUUGGGUUGGUGAAGAAUAAUGUGAAGAAGCUCUGGGAAAGACUACCUCAGGAAAUGAAGGAUGACUAUGGACAGGAAUACUUAGAGAGUACUUAUGAAAGACUGGAUGAAAGGUUCAAGCAGUUCACGGAUGCCGACCUGAUGAAGGUGGUGGGCUGUAUGGAGCACGCCAUCUCUGCUGUUCAUCCUCGUACUCGCUACUCUCCUGGAUGGGACGCAAAGUUCUUCUGGCUGCCGCUGUCCUACAUGCCAACCUGCCUGAGUGAUGCAAUGUUCCUAAAGUACAGCCCCAAACCAAAAGUAUCCGUGCUGUAGUUUCUCUCAUGUCGCCUGGCGGAGAAGCAUUUUAGGCCAAUAGGAAAAACACUUGCGUGUGUUUUAUUUUCAGUACAAUAAAUCAGAUUCCUGUUUUUGCUGUAUGUGCCUUAUUGAUACAGCGUCAGUACUAAAUGACAGCUGACUUCAGACAGCGCCCUUCACUUCUCAAGUCUUAAUGUUAAUAUUAAGCACCGUGCCAUUGUCACCUCUGUUAGCUUGACUCUUGUUCUUGAUGGACUUUGCUUCUGUUCUAAGUGGCUAUUUCAAUUGGUAACUUGUAUUUGUCCAGAUUAUCAAACGCUGACAACAGUCUGAUGUGUAACCUUUGAUCAGAGAUGUUUGUUUUCGCAGUGGAUUUGAGGUUAAAAGGGAAGCAAGGAGUCAUGUAAUAUGCUUUAGUCUAUAUUACAUAAGCACACACUGUUGAACCAUUUAUUGACCCACUGUAAUAUCCACUGUGGACCUUGACUCUGCAGGAACACAGCACAACUUUACCUGCUGCCUCUGCAUUCAGUUAUUCUGCACUCUUGACGGUGAACAAUCUGCUGCAUCUAAACAAUCAUAACCAUGGUAUGUUUGCAUUAUUAUUAUCCGUAUUACAGUCUUUAUACUACUUUGCACUGAUAGAUUGGCUUUAAUGGUCGCAAAGAGCACGGUGACUUCAUAGGAGAUGAUGAAAAGAAUGUUUCGAAAUUAUUUGUUUGUUUUUCUGAUGCCAUCUGGUGGUUGAAUUAAAGGAUCCAUUCAACAAACCA